GUGGGUGUCUGUAACGAAAAUGGCGGCAUGAAAGUCAGCGCAAGAUUACUGCUGUAUUCUGAUUUAGCCGCUUAAUUCGCCUAAAAAUAGCAUUAACUUCAUCUCAAAACCUCGAUAUAGUCUUUGAAUAUUAUCUUUUUUAUUUAGUUACACUUUUUAACAAGUUUCUAUCGAGACAAAGUGUAAAAAUGAUUGGGGGUUUGUUCAUAUACAACCACAAGGGAGAGGUUCUGAUAUCUCGUGUCUAUCGUGAUGACAUUGGACGCAACACAGUAGAUGCUUUCAGAGUUAAUGUCAUCCAUGCUAGAGGUCAAAUCCGUUCCCCUGUAACCAAUAUUGCCAGGAUCAGUUUCUUUCACAUCCGGCAGGGCAAUGUUUGGAUUGCUGCUGUUACCAGACAGAAUGUCAAUGCUGCACUAGUCUUUGAGUUCCUGAACAGGACAGUAGAUAUCAUGAUGUCAUACUUUGGCAAAGUUACAGAAGAAGGGAUCAAGAACAACUUUGUAUUGAUUUAUGAAUUAUUAGAUGAAAUUGCUGAUUAUGGCUACCCCCAGAAAACAGACACAGCCAUUCUGAAGACCUUCAUUACACAACAAGGAGUGAAGACACAGACUCGUGAAGAACAGGCUCAGAUCACUAGUCAAGUAACUGGUCAGAUUGGCUGGAGAAGAGAGAAUAUCAAAUACAGAAGAAAUGAGCUGUUUUUGGAUGUUUUAGAGUCAGUCAAUUUACUCAUGUCACCUCAAGGGCAAGUCCUUAGUGCUCAUGUAUCUGGCCGUGUAGUUAUGAAGAGCUUCUUGUCUGGAAUGCCUGAGUGUAAGUUUGGAAUGAAUGACAAACUUGUGGUUGAAAAGCAGUCCUCAAAGUCUUCAUCAUCAGAUUCUUCUUUGGAUACAACUUUAGGUUCCAAAAAGAAUACAAGUAAGACUGGUAUAGCAAUUGAUGACUGCACUUUCCAUCAGUGUGUGAAACUAAGUAAAUUUGAAACAGAACGCAGCAUCAGUUUCAUACCACCAGAUGGAGAAUUUGAACUUAUGAGAUAUCGUACAACAAAAGACAUUAGCUUGCCAUUCCGCGUGAUACCACUGGUCAGGGAAGUGGGUCGAUCAAGAAUGGAAGUAAAAGUUGUCCUAAAGUCAAACUUCAAGCCUUCCAUUUUAGGACAGAAAAUUGAGGUGAGAAUUCCUACCCCUCCCACUACAGCUGGAGUACAAGUAGUUUGUCUGAAGGGCAAAGCCAAAUACAAGUCAAGUGAAAAUGCUAUUGUCUGGAAGAUUAAGAGAAUGGGUGGUAUGAAGGAGUCACAAAUUAGUGCCGAGAUAGAACUUAUGCCUACCAAGGAUUCAAAGAAAUGGGCACGACCACCAAUCUCUCUAAAUUUUGAGGUACCAUUUGCAUGUUCUGGGCUAAAGGUUCGUUACCUGAAAGUAUUCGAACCCAAAUUGAACUACAGUGACCAUGACACCAUCAAGUGGGUGCGAUACAUCUCCAGAAGCGGCCUCUAUGAAACACGAUGUUAAUGUCUCCAUAUCAUGGUAGAACACCUUAAUGCAGUAUCUAAUCAUCAUUUGUUCUAGUCAGGAUGUGCAUGCCAAAUACCUUAAUGCAGUAUCUAAACAUCAUUUGUUCUAGUCAGGAUGUGCAUGCCAAAAAGCUUUAAACUUCCCUGACAAACUCGUAACAAAGAUUGGUUCCUGAACAUCAAAGGUGCCACCAGUGUACUACUUCCACGAUACGGCGGCCAUCUUGCCAAGGGGCAAAACGAAACAAAGAUGAUGGAAAAUGCAUAGAGUUUCGUAUGUUUAUCUUUCUUUUAUGAGUAAAUGUGAUCGAUAUGAACCCCCUUGAUUCAUUUUUUUAUAUUCGUUUGUGAUGAGCUGUUAAUAACAAUCGGCAUCAUUACUGUAAUAAAGCUUCGUUUGCCUCCUAGACGAUCGACCCAUAAUGCAUUACGAUUGAGGAUGGCUGCCGCGUCGUCGAAGUAGUCCAUUUAGCCACACUAGUAUUCUUGGGGUGCAACCACACGUCUUCUUUAUCCUUGUGAUGCAAGUAACAGUAAAACAGCCGACAUGUUGGUUGAUCUAACGAGAAGCUGAUGAGGGAUGCUUUGUCAUCGCCAACCAACAUGACGGCCAUGUGUCGUUACAUGCAUCCAUGGAAGAGCAAACCCGAAUAGUGCAUCUUUUGUUUGUUUGAUUUCUAGUAUUUUUAUUUAGUGGUCUGAUUAAGUCACUACUCCUUGGGUUGUGAUCUCGUGGGCUUUCUAUGGUAUUUUCAAUGUAAAAAUUAAUCAAAUGUGAUAACCGAGCUAGAAAUAUUGUUACAUUGUUUAAUCUCUGAUUAAAAAAACGCAUCGUUAAUUAGA